CGUUACUUUUUCAGGUACUGAAAAAAGAUGGCAGACACACUAGAGGACAGGCAAAAGCAAGAAGAAAAGGCAAGAAAAAAGGCAGAAGUCCGUCGCAGACUUGAAGAAUCUGCAAAAAAAUCCAAAAAAGGAGGUUUUAUGACUCCAGAAAGAAAGAAAAAACUCAGGACACUCUUAAGGAAAAAAGCUGCGGAGGAACUUAAAAGAGAACAAGAGAGAAAAGCUGAAGAAAGGAAGAAAAUGAUAAUAGAAAGAUGUGGUCAGCCAAAAGUUAUAGAGAAUUGUAAUGAGGCUACUCUUCAAGCUAUCUGCAAAGAAUAUUACAAAAGAAUAGUUCAUUUGGAAGAUACUAAAUUUGAUUUAGAAUAUGAAGUAGGGCAAAAGGAUUUCAUGAUUAAUGAAUUGACCAUUCAAGUAAAUGAUUUACGAGGAAAAUUCGUGAAACCUAAUUUAAGAAAGGUGUCAAAGUAUGAAGGAAAGUUUGAAAAACUUAAAAUGAUUGCCAAAACAUCGGAAGUUGAUUUUCGGGUCAAUUUGAAAACUGUGAAAUCAAAUAAGUUUAAGUUAGAAGAAGAAGAAGAGGGUAAAAAGCAAAUUCCAGAAUGGGCCAACAAAUAAACAGACAUAAAGAGACCAAGAAGUGUUAAUGAGUUUUGAUUGUACUGAGAACAUUAAAAGAUUUUUCUUUUUUUCCUUUCAAA